CAUCACUUCGGCUCUGACAGCACGCGACGAUGCAGCGAGGACCUACACACCUGAGCCACUGUGCACACUGCGCUGUUGUGCUGUGGCUGCUUUUUGCAGAAAUUUCUGCGGAUUUGCCCAUGUGCAAAGAGUCAGAUUAUCACUUUGAGUACACAGAAUGUGAUGUACUCGGGUCGAGAUGGAGGGUGGCGGUUCCCAACAAAGCUGACACCUGCACAGGACUCCCUGAUCCUGUUAAAGGCACUCAUUGUACCUUCUCCUGUAGUCAGGGAGAGUUCCUAGACAUGCAGUCGCAGCAGUGCCAGAAGUGUUCAGCAGGCACCUACUCUCUGGGCACCGGCGUGGCCUUCGAAGAGUGGGACAGCCUGCCAACAGGUUUCGUCACUCAUGGGGUGAUGACAAAUGAGUGGAAAGCAUCUACAGACUGCUCUAACUCCACCUGGACACCAAAGGGUGACUAUGUAGCCUCAAACACGGAUGAGUGCACUGCAACGCUGUCUUACGCUGUGAGCCUGAAAAAAACUGGAACUCUGUCGUUUGAAUAUUUCUACCCCGACAACGGCAUCUACUUUGAGUUCUUCGUCCAGAAUGAUCAGUGUCAGUCAACAGAAUCUGAGAGUCGAUGGAUGAAGAUCUCAGAGAGCAACUGGAGCCAAUACAAGAUAGAGCUGAGCAACGGCAACAACGUGCUGUACUGGAGAACCACAACAUAUGCUCUGCAGGGUAGCCCUGUCAAACCUGUGCUGUUGAGAAACAUUCAGGUCUCAGGGGUGGCCUACACAUCUGAAUGUUUCCACUGUAAACCUGGCACCCACAGUGCAACAGCAGGGUCUGCCCGCUGCACCCCUUGCCCUGCUGAUACCUUCUCCAACAAGGGUGCCACUGUUUGCCAUGAGUGUGACGAAGACAAAUACUCUGAACCUGGUUCAGGGAGUUGCAAACCCAGACCGGCAUGUACCAACAGUGACUACUUCUACACCCACACCCCAUGUGACUCUGAGGGAAAGACUCAGCUCAUGUACAAAUGGAUUGAGCCAAAGAUCUGCAGUGAGACAUCUGAAGGAGCAGUGAAGCUCCCAGCGUCAGGAGAAAGGCAAACCUGCCCGCCAUGUAACCCAGGCUUCUUUGUCACCAAUUCAUCCACAUGUGAACCCUGCAGGAAUGACUCCUACUCAAAUGGAACAGUUUGUAUCCAGUGUCCAGCUGGCACAGAGCCGAUGAUUGGCUUUGAGUACAAAUGGUGGAACACAAUGCCGAAAAACAUGAAGAGCUCCGUUUUCCGUCAAGAGUUUAGUGACAUGGAUCGGAGCACAGCGUGGGAGGUGGCUGGGGAGUAUGUCUACACCACCCCAGGAAAUGAGGACUCCAUCUACCCGAUGCUCACGCUCACUGUUCCCGGGUACAGGGUACCUCAGUUUAUGGCAAAAGACAGUGAAAGGAGGGAACUCUCUCACAUCACCUUCGUUUUUGAGACUGUGUGUACAGCUGACUGCAAGUUUUACUUCCUAGCGGGUUAUAGUGAGUGGAACAACAAUGUGAUCGAGCAGUGGAAAGGCCGAAGCAGGAAACAGUCGUACUCUUACCUGAUCCAGAGCAACGACACCGUCAGCUUCACCUGGACAUUUCAACGGACAGAAGAAUUUGACACAAACAAUAGCUACAGCAGUGACUUUGCAAAGAUCUACUCCAUCCAAAUCACCAAUGUGGAUGGAGGUGUGGCCUCACAUUGUCACCUCUGCGCCCUGACCUCCGUCAAGGCUGACUCCAGCUGUGUUCUCUGCCCACCGGGUCACUUCAUGGUCAGGGAGACAGGAGUGUGUAAGAGCUGCCCACCAAACUCCUUCAUCAGGGCCAGUCAGCCUGUUGGAGAGGCUGCUUGUGUUCAGUGUGGACCGAACACAAAGAGAAACCAGGCUCACACAGCUUGUCUAAGUGACUGUACGUUGGAUGUCAAGACAAAAGAAGGGACCUUGCUGCGAUAUGAUUUCUUUCCCCUGUCCAAUAUCACCAGCUUCCUCAGCAGCCCUCGCUUCACUAACAAAGGCCUGCAGUAUUUCCAUCUGUUUAAUUUAGGAUUAUGUAGGACAGAGAGCCAAGCACUAGCCUCCUGUGUGGACAAUGUAACAGAGAAUGGGAGAGUGGUCAGAGGAUACAUCUGUCAGUCCACUGUGGUCCCCUCUGACAUCAGGAGUCAGAAAACGGUGUCCUCCCAACCUUACAUCAUCGGUGACUCACUCAUUGGUGUGACCACUGAGACUACCCUGGGUGGCAUCUCUUCACCGGCAAAGUUGUUCCCCUCAUCGUCCAGUCUGCCAGAUGUCAUAUUAUAUUACAAGUCUAGUGAUACAACGCAGGCCUGUAAACAAGGAAGAUCAGCCACAGUAAGACUUAGAUGCAACCCCACAGUUACUGCUAAGGACCACAUCACAUUUCCAAGUAACUGUUCAGAGGGGACAUGUGAUGGUUGUACCUUUCACUUCAUGUGGCAGAGCCAGCAUGCAUGUCCACUGUGCACCAAAAACCACUACCGAGAAAUCGUCAGCGCUUGCAUCCAAGGAAUACAGAGAACCACGUAUGUUUGGCAGCAGCCUCUGCAGUGUUACGGAGGAGAAUCACUACCGGCACAAAAAGUCAGUGCUUGUGUGACUCUGGAUUUUUGGCUCAAGUUUGGUGUUUCUGUUGGAGUGAUUGUUGCGGCGCUGCUCAUCAGUAUCAGCUGUUAUUUUUGGAAGAAGACGCACAAGUUGCAAUAUAAGUAUUCCAAGUUGAUGAUGAGCUCCGGGGGCAAAGAGUGUGAGUUGCCCACAGCGGACAGCUGUGCAAUAAUGGAGGGAGAGGAUGUAGAAGAUGAUCUUAUGUACCUCACCAAGAAAUCCCUCUUUACCAAAAUUCGGUCCUUCUCACGUGAGAGAACAUCAGAUGGAUUUGACUCAGUUCCUCUGAAGUCAUCAUCCUCCUACCAUCAGCAAGAGUGGGAGGACUCAGAUGAUGCUGAAAUCAAAGGAUGAGCAGAUCAUUCAGGAAUGACGUCUUCAGGCUUAGAGUGUUAAACAUCAGUGCAGCUCUGGUAGUCCUUGUGGAGUUUGAAAACACACAUGGACAAUAUUUCAUUUAUUACUAUGUCUUACUCCCACUCUCUUACUGAGAGAGUUCUUACAAAUUCAUUAGAACUUUGUUUUGUAUUAUUUGACACAUACUAGAUUGCCGAGCUUAAUAUUGAAACAGAAAGGCUCCACAUGCAGAAUUACUGUAUUUUUACUAUCAAACUUCGUAAAACAAUUGCUUAGUAGAAGUAUUAACUUUUUUGUGGAUGUGUAAAUCUAUGUACAUUUUUCACUCUUCUGAAUGCAUACAACGUUAUAUCUUAUGUUUAAAAAAAUAUAUAAAAAAAUCAGGCUACUAUGUUUUUUAAGCCAGCACCAGCACUGCAUUGUUUAUCUUAGAAUUGUAUUUGACAAUAUAUGAUUUAUAUUUGCAGAGGCUAAUUUGUUGUGCUGUGUAUUACAUUAUGAUGUACUUAUGUUUUAGAGUGAAGUAAAGCCUUUUUCUUUAGAGAAAAUCAUCAAAGGUGCAACUUACAGUGCUGCCUUCAGGUCCUCUCUGUAAGAUAAUGUGUAUGCGGAAAUGAUACAACAACAGUAGUUUAAUUAAUGCCUUAAUAAAAAGUGAAUUUUAGUAUUCAUAUGUGGCUACAUAGUUAUUCUACAUAGUUAGCCUAUUCUAUGAAAUUGUUUAAGUUGAUACCUACAUU